AUGGAUAUGAAAAGACCAUUUAUCAUUGGUAUAGCAGGAGGAACAGCGUCUGGCAAGACGUCAGUAUGCAAGAAAGUAAUUGAAGAACUAGAUCUGGCCGAGAAUAGUUCAAAUCGUAAUGCAGUAGUGGCUGUUUCCCAGGAUUCAUUUUAUAAAGAUUUAUCUCCACAUGAGAAAGACUUGGCUAAAGUAGGCGAAUAUAACUUCGAUCAUCCGGAUGCUUUUGAUGAGGAUUUGAUGAAAGAAACUAUGCUGAAAAUUGCUAGUGGUAAACCUGUCAAUUUACCUAUUUACGAUAGAAUUAAUUUUAAACGAGAACGGGAAGUUAUUCAUAUCGAACCGGCUGAUGUGGUUAUUUUCGAGGGGAUCCUAGUCCUUUACGAUAAAGAUCUUAGAAAUAUUAUGCACAUGAAGGUCUUCGUUGAUACUGAUAGCGAUACGAGACUAUCCAGGCGAGUUUUGAGAGACACUAAGGAGAAAGGUCGCGAUUUAGGCAUUGUUUUAUCUCACUAUACGAAAUACGUCAAGCCUGCUUUUGAAGAAUUUACUUUACCCACCAAGAAGCAUGCAGAUGUUAUUCUUCCUCGUGGUGCAGAUAAUAAAGUUGGAAUUAACCUAAUUAUACAGCAUAUCAAAGAUAUCAUCAUUUCUGAUAAUCAACUUACAUCAACUCGUCGUCGAAGACAAAAAUCGGAAUCCGGUGUCCGGCCGCAUUAA